UUUCUCAACAAAAUAUUCAUGGGGGGCCAAAUAUUCUUGAUUGAAUCUCUUGUCAAUACCAUCAAAAUAGAAAUACUCCUUUCCAACAUAGUUUCGAGCUCAUUCCUCUCCCCUUCACCAUAUAACACGGCAUGGUUGGCGAUGAUUCCUGAUCCUCACCGGCAUGAUUGUCCCAUGUUUAACGUGUGUUUGAACUAGGUGCUCCAUAAUCAGAAUGAAGAAGGGUUUUGGGGAGAUUAUGAUUAUGAAGAACAUGAAAUGUCCGAUGGAGGGGAGUGUCUUGCUUCAACCCUUGUUUGCAUGACUGUGCUCAAAAAGUGGCAUGUUGGUUCAACCUUAAUAGAGAAAGGAUUAAAGUUCAUUCAUGGAAAUGCAGAAUUGCUUCUUUCGAGAAACAAGCGUGGAAAUUCUCCUCGUUGGAUAGCUAUCAUCUUGCCUGGAAUGAUUGAUUUGGCACGUGCUGUUGGUUUGGAGAUCAUAUUCCCCGAAAGCACCGAAUCUGCCAUUGUAGAUUUAUUCCGCAAUCGACAACGAAUUCUCGAAAGGGAGAAACUUGUGGACAGGAACCAAUAUUACCCAUUGUUGUCAUAUCUUGAGGCAUUGCCUCCAACAUACAAAAUCAGCAAUGAAACCAUAUUGAAGCAUGUAGAUGGCGACGGCUCUUUAUUUCAAUCACCCUCUGCAACAGCAAGUGCAUACCUAUCCACUGGUCACAAAGCAUGCCUUGCUUAUCUUCAAUCUCUUGCUUCAAAUUGUGCUUCUAACGGCAGUAAGUGA